UCACUACAAAUAUUUUUAUUCUUUUUUUUUUUUGCAAGAUAAAUUAUUGCUAAUCAUGGAUGAGUUGGCCAGUCAGCUACCCAAGAUAUAUACACGAAAUGUGCUAAGCGCCAUUGCAAGGCUGCAGAAUGGGCAAUCUGCUUACGUAUGUAGCGAGGAGAUCGUUGGGAUGGUAGCCAAGCAGAUGCGUCGCAAAAGAGACAUUGAUACCGUGAAGGACUAUGUGCUGAAGUCGCUGGACAGUUUGAUUGAAUUGGGCGUAUUGAUCCGUAACCCUAAAUCCAAUUACAAUUUCUAUAAAUUCCCCGACCUAACCACUUAUGAAUGUCUAACUUCGGUUAAGAGACGAAACUACUACUCGGGCGGCCGCAAGCCCUACUACAGACCUAAAAAACCGAUUGCUGCCAAACCCAAGCGACAGAGGAAGGGGAAAUAUCAAAAGAAAUUUAAGCCUGCCAUUGUGCCUGUAGUGUGCAAUUGCUGUCGGUCGUCUGUGAUGCCGCUCGUUGAGGCAUUCAAUGAAAUAAACAAGAACACUUUCGAUACUGAAAAACCGCCACUAGAACAGCUGAAAAUAAGUGAUUCAGAAGCGCAGCAAUCGGUAGAUCAUACAGAGAAUAAAAUACAACGCUUUGAGUUCCAGGCCCCAACUCUAAUUAUAGUAUCAAACUGUGAAAAUUCACCAGAAGAGGAGACCAUCCAGUAGAGGAGAGAAAGAAACCUCAAUCUGACAAGUGGCGCCAUCUACAUGUCAAUUUAUAAAAUUAUUUCAGUUAAGCAGCUAAAAGUGAGCAUAUAUCUACGUGUUUAGGUGUACAAUAAAGCCCCAAAGUAUACUCCAUU